CAUAUACAUAUACAUAUAUAUAUAUAUAUAGUGGCAAACAUUUUAAUUCUUUCAAAAUAAUUUUUCUCACUUCCUAACGCAAGAAUAAAAUCUACUUGUAAAAUUACUUGUGAAUAUGAUGGUUCUGAUUGUUUAUCAUUUAUAACCCCCAACAGAAAAUUGCAAAUGAUGUGUUUGUAUUCCAACCUCCUUGGUCUUACCGACCACCAUAAAACAUGCACAACUAAAACAAUAGUCAUUUCUUUGCUUUCAAGAUUAUCCAAGAAAACCCCUUUUCAAUAUAAUACAACUCUAUAUCCCAUGAGUGUAUAGUACCCCAAAAGAGAAGGAAGAAGGAAAAAAGAGAGAGAGUUUAUAAUGGAGCAAUCAAGAAGAUGGAUGAUGUUGAUAGCAAGCACAUGGAUUCAAGCAUUUACAGGGACAAAUUUUGACUUCUCAUCCUAUUCUUCUGAAUUGAAAUCUGUUCUUGGAAUUUCACAAGUGCAGCUCAAUUAUUUGUCUAUGGCUUCUGAUUUGGGUAAAGCAUUUGGUUGGUGUUCUGGGGUUUCUCUUAUGUAUUUCCCAUUAUGGGUUGUUCUUUUCAUUGCUGCUUUCAUGGGACUUGUUGGUUAUGGCCUUCAAUGGCUUCUCAUUCAGAAAAUCAUCAUUUUACCUUAUUUCUUGGUAUUUCUGUUGUGUGUGCUGGCUGGCUGCAGUAUCUGCUGGUUUAAUACAGUAUGCUAUGUGUUGUGCAUCAAACAUUUCCCGGCAAAUAGGCCAUUUGCAUUGUCCCUCAGCAUAAGUUUCAAUGGUGCAAGUGCAGCCCUGUACAACCUCAUUGCCAAUGCCAUUAACUCCGAAGAUGACACUCUAUACCUUCUUCUUAAUGGCCUAGUGCCCCUUGUCGCAUCAGUUGCAGCUCUUCCAAUCCUCCUGCUACCUCAUUCUCAGACCCUUCACGCUGAUUCUGUUCACAGAGAACAUCUCAAUUUCCGCUGCCUAACCAUACUAGCAGUUUUUACUGGCCUUUAUCUCUUAAUCCUGAACUCAGUCUCAUAUAGUGCAGAGACAGCUAGCAUUCUCUUGGCUGGUGCAUUGUUCUUGCUGGUCCUACCGGUGAUUGCACCAGUGGUUAUCUGCGCAGAAGAGUGGUCUCAACUGUUCCAUCCUAAUUACAUGUCCCUUGAUGACAAUGAUGAUCUUGGAUUGCAUGACGAGAUGAUUUGCAAAGAGGCUUCAAGUAUAAAUGUUUGGAUGGAAAAUUUUCAUGGUUCAAAAGAGAAGGAAAGCUGGACCAGCAGUUUUCUGUUGAGAGAUCGUUUGCUGUUGCUUGGAGAAGAACAUUCAGCAAAUCUGCUCAUGCGUAGGUUGGAUUUCUGGCUGUAUUACCUUGCAUAUUUCUGUGGGGGGACAAUUGUACUCGUUUACAGCAAUAAUCUAGGCCAAAUUUCAGAGUCACUAGGAUAUAGAUCAGACAUUAGCUUUCUCGUUGCACUCUAUUCUGCAACUUCUUUCUUCGGGCGCCUGCUUUCAACUGCCCCAGAUUUUCUACGCGACAAGAUGUACUAUGCAAGGACCGGAUGGCUUGCAUUUGCUCUGAUUCCAACCCCACUGGCUUUCUUUCUGCUUGUUUUAUCAGGAAGCAAAGCUGCAUUGGGUGCUGCCACAGCAUUAGUUGGGUUGAGUUCUGGUUUUGUAUUUUCAGCAGCAGUGUCAAUAACCUCUGAGCUGUUUGGCCCCAACAGUGCAGGAGUCAAUCACAACAUUCUUAUCACCAACAUCCCUCUGGGAUCACUACUCUAUGGACUUCUUGCAGCUCUAGUCUAUGAAGCAAACCUAGGAAAAUCAAAUCAAUUGCUUGAAUUGGAUGGAUCAAAGGUUUGCAUGGGUAGGAACUGUUAUAUUCAGACAUUUAUGUGGUGGGGAUGCAUCUCUUUAUUGGGAGUAGCAUCUAGUUUUCUGCUUUUCCUAAGAACUAAAGCUGCCUAUGACAGCCAGGAAAGGAACCGAAAUUGGAUGAGGUUUAUCUGAGUGGGAUUAUCCUUCCUCACUGGUAGUGAAAACUAUAUGAAGAUAGAUGCCAUUGGAAUCGCUACCUCAUCGCACAAUUAACAGCAAUUUUGCAGAAGGGAGAAAAGAAGUAUAAAUUUUGACACAAGUGGUAGGCAAGAAGCAUCUAUAUCAUGAGGGUGAUGAGACGAAUAUAAACCCAAGCAAGUUAUAGCAUACUUUACUUUUCGCAUGAUUAGGGAAGAGAGAUGAAUUGAAAAUUGUAAAGGAAUACACACAGAAGAAGUAAUGAAAGUUGAAACUUGAUGGAAUGUGACUGUUGGAAGUAAAAAGCUUUACUGAGAAGGUUAAUUCUCCUAACAGGUACUAAAACACUGUCAUCCCCUUCAACUAAACCAUGAAAAAUAGUUGAUCACAUGAAUCCAGAAAUUUUCUUAAGUCCCCCUCCUCCACUCCCUUCCCUGGUGUAGGGGUACAUCAAAGGGAGAGGAGAGAAAGAAGAAAAUCAACUACCAUGUAACAUGUAAAAGUAAUGAAACUGUACUUAUUUUCU